AUGUCCUCCCCCCCCACCUCGAAAAGAAUCAAAACUACUCUGCCCGCCAAUCCGCCUCCCACACAUCCUUUAAACCAGGCAGGACCUCCUUUUCCUGGUCCUGGCCACUUUGAAGCGCCUCCCAUGGUGCCAGCUCCUCCCCCUACGCAGGCACCCCCAGCACCUCCCCAGCAACAGCCAGGAACUGUGCCUGCUGUGAAUCCCCGGAAAAGACGUGCGUCAUUCCAACAGUCCGCGCCCAUGUCAACCAUGGCGCCUCCACAGCUAACUGCCCCUGUUGAAGGUGAAGGGAACCCACCAACCACUGCUGCAGCACCAGAGACAGGAGGCAAGAAGAAAGGCCGCACGAAUACUCCAUGGACUGCCGAAGAAGAACAGCGACUGAAGGCAAUGCGAGAUGCCGGUAACACCUGGAGCGAAAUUGCCAAGACAUUUCCUACAAGGACAGAGGGCAGUGUCAAGAAACAUUGGUACAAGGAUAUGCACUAUGCUGAAUUCGCUGAGGAUGAGUCAGCCGCUCUGAGGGAGGCAAUCAAAGAAUACGAAGCAAAUAAGUGGAAGGUCAUUGGCCAGAAGAUUGGAAAGCCUGCUAAGGCAUGCGAGCAAUACGCAAAGGAACACUUCAAGAAUUUGUAA